UGGCCACCCGUAGCGCUAUAGCACCUCGCGGGAAGUCGCAAUCGCCGUACCUCUCAAACAAUGUAAACCAAGUAAAGUUUACAAAGUAUCAUCAUUUCACGAUCCGUGUAGUACAUUUAUAAAUAAGUUUUUUUCAGGCUUGGCAUUUGAACAUUUAUAACAAGACAACUCCUUCAUUUGAUUUACUGCAACUGGUAGUUUAAACAGGAUGAUCCACGCGUCACUGGCAGUUAUGGCACUGGCCCUGCUCCCUAUGCCGAGUUGGGCCGAAUUCUAUGUUCGUGGCACGAGCCGUCCCAUAAUUGGGGUACUUGCCCAAGAAAUACCUAAAGCGGAAUUGCUGAGAUAUCCCGACAAGAGUUCCUACAUACCAGCCAGCUACGUGAAAGCAAUUGAGUCUUCGGGAGCGAGAGUGGUGCCGAUCUUUAUCAGGAGAUCACAGGAAUACUAUGAACGUAUCUUGAAGUCCGUGAAUGGGAUGGUGUUCCCAGGAGGAGCAGUCAAAUUCGAAGAUCCCAACGGAUAUGCAGCCGCCGGAAGAAUGAUCUUGAACAUUGUUCAACAGCUCCAAGACUCUGGAGUCAAUUUCCCCAUCUUGGGCGUCUGCCAGGGAUACGAACUGCUCAUGUACCUCACCUCCAACAGCACGGCUGAAGAAGACAUUCUAGUCAAAUGCAACAGCAGUAAUGAGGCUCUUCCUCUGAUGUUCAAGGUUGGCUAUCAUCAAAGUCGACUGUACAGAUUCGCCUCCAAGGAGAUAGUGGAAAUUUUGAUGACACAGCCGGUUACGUCGAACCAUCAUGGGUACUGUGUGACAGAGGACAUGCUUAAGUUCCAUAAGCUGGAGAAGGUCUGGAGAGUGCUGUCCACCAACAAGGAUAUGGACGGGCUGGAAUUUAUCUCCAGCAGUGAACAAUUCCAGAGACCAAUCGUAGGAGUCCAGUUCCAUCCGGAGAAGAAUAUGUUCGAAUGGAACCCUAAACAGGCCAACCCACACUCCCGCAAGGCAAUACUCAGUGCUCGCCACUUCUACGAUUGGUUGGUGAUGGAGAGCAGAGCCAACGACCAGACCUUCUCCUCCGAACAAGAGGAAGACAAUAAUCUCAUAUAUAAUUACUGCCCAGUGUUCACGGGCAGGAAGGGGGGAUACGACGAGCAGGUCUACAUUUUCUAGAGGAUGUACAAUUUUAUAAUUAAAUAAAUAAAUAUUGUUUAGUCUUGAAGUGCCCGCCCAUAAUAUUAAUGAAAUGAAUACACAUAAAAGCUGAAAAUACUGAAAAUUGUCUACCUAAUUGUUAAAAAUUUAUUAGAAAUAAUAUAGAGCACCUAAACUGGGUUUCUUAUUAGUUGUGGAUAAAAUAGCAUAUAAAAUGUGUUUUCUUGUUAAUAAAACCAUGUUCAAGUA